AUGGACGUCGCCGCCAUGAUGGACGAGCUGGCGGAAGCGAUGGAGGACGGAGGCCGAGAAGAUUCUGCCUGCUUCCGGACCGAGCCGCUCACUCACCUGUUGGAGCGACGCCUGGACUGGGACAGACGAGCGGAGCCUGCCCGCCAAUCAUUUGCUCCUCAAGGCGGCGCUCUCGGCGACCACUCAGUGGUCAUACUGCACGCCAAAGUCGCCCAGAAGUCGUACGGCAACGAGAAGAGGUUCUUCUGUCCUCCGCCAUGCGUUUACAUCGGCGGCAAUAUUUGGAGGCUGAUGCACGACCUCCUACGAGCUGGCACGUGCGGUCCCGAUGGCGGCGUGCGUGGGUACAUGUGCGUGGACAGUGCCGCGCAGACGCACAGCGACGCCUACAAGCUGAACUUUGAAACCUUACCCAACACGACGGGGAUGUUGGCGUGCGCCAAGUCUUUGUUCAUCUCGGACGCAGACAAGAGGAAACACUUCCGCCUCCAACUCGGGCUCUUCCUGGAUGCGAACGGCGAAAGACAGGAAGUGGGUUCCUUCCACAGCCGUCUGAUCAAAGUCAUCUCUAAGCCCUCACAGAAGAGACAAAGCAUGAAGAACGCAGACCUGUGCAUCUCGGCAUGCUCGCGCAUCGCGCUCUUCAACCGCCUUCGUUCUCAGACGGUCAGCACUCGCUACCUGGCCGUGGAGGGCGGGGCCUUCGUUGCUAGCGCCCGACGCUGGACGGCUUUCACCAUCACGCUGGUGGAAGAGCAUCGGGCCGAGCAUCAAGGCGACUUUGUGCUGAGUGAAGGAUUCGUCUGUUACGGUUCUGUGGUCCAACUUGUGUGCACGGAGUCCGGUCUCACUCUGCCUCCUAUGGUGAUCCGCAAGGUGAACAAGCAGCACGCCAUCUUGUGUGUGGACGAGCCAGUGUCUCAGCUGCACAAAUGCGCCCUGGAGAUGCGAGACACGCCGCAGGCCUUCCUCGCCGUCUCCAACGACGCCAUCGUGCUGCACCAGGCCACUUGGAGCCCGAGGGAGUCCGGCCGAGUGCUCCUGAACGAUGGCUCGUGCUGGACCGUCACAGGAGCCGAGGUGGUGGAAUUUGCCUUUCGGCCGGGUCACGACAGCUUCGCCGCCCGUAUCCGGAUGCCCGUCACUCCUUUUCCCAACGUCACCGGACUGGAACUGAACGGCGGCGGUCACGUAGCCACGCUGGAAGUGGAGGGCGAAAACUUGGGGCCUCACCUUCAAGUAUGCUUUGGCCAGCAACGUGCAGACACCAUCUUUAAGUCUAUAAAGUCCCUGGUGUGCGUGGUUCCCGACGUGUGCGCCUUGCACGGGGGCGGGGUCAGGUGCGGUGCCCUGACCGUGCCCAUUACUCUGCGGCGUCUCUGCGACGGUGUGCUGUACAGUACCGCCUUCAGCUUCACGUACACGCCGGAGCCCGAGCGUCUGCCUCCACCCAUCAACGAGGGCGCCCGAUCGACUCGUGGGAGGGAUGGCGCCCCGCCCGAAGACGACGCCCUGCUAGAGAGCAUCCAUCACGAAUUCACGAGAACCAACUUUCACCUCUUCAUGCAGCCAUGAAAUCCGAUGGCUUCGGACUCCAACAAGUGAAAAUGGUGAUAUUAAAACAAAACAAAAAAAAAAAACGACCCCAUGACUUGAAACCGUAAUUUGCAACCCUACCCUUUAAUUCAAAGGCUAAUGUUAACUAUAAACUGCCAUUUAUGGCGCGAUACGUCCAAUCCAUUUGAGGUGGUAGCUGCCAACCUACCACUUCAAUUGGAUCGGACAUCUACUAGUGAUAAACUCAUUUCAAUUCACCGCAGAAGCAUGAACACCUUUCAUCGUCCCUGUCAACAUGGCCUCAAGGUGGCCAUGUUUGUAAGGGCAACAUUCCCAUCAAUCAAUGAAGACAUUAAAAUGAAGUCAAAAUGAACUUAUUUCUCGACCAAUUUUUAUUUCAUCAAUGACAAAGCAUCAUUGUCUUCCAUUUACGUUAAAAGACGUCCAAUCCAUUUGAAAUGUAUUAUUAUUUAUUCACUCCCACCCUCCCACUUCAAAUGGAUUAGACAUCUAGUAGUGGUUAACUCACUGAAGUUCACAGCAGAUUGAUGACUGGACGCCACAUGAGUGGCGUGCAUUGGCGGCCAUCUUAGGUAGGGCUACCAGCGGUUGAAAACUAGAUUUUUAAAAGUACGUAUUGCGCAGCAUUCUUAGUACUCCUCGAUACCGAUGACAUCAUUUUAGGACCGUAUCGGUACUGAUAUCGGUGCAACGCUAAUUAUGAUUAUUUAUUAUACUCAGAGCUAUGCUGGUUCAACAGGAGCCUACUCAGUUCCGGGCCAGACGCGGUCCAAAUGUGGC